AUGCAGUUUCCCAGUCCUGGUCGCCAGGGACCCUCGCCAGGGACCCGAAGGCGUCUGGGGGCGGGCGGGAGGCAGAGCCCAUCGGCGGCGCGGGAGGAGAGGGGAGGACAGGAGCGGAGCCAGGGCACCGGGGCGCUGUGCUCCCGGAGGCAGACACGGACACGUCUGCGUCUCGCCGACAAGUGCCUUCAAGCCCGGCGGGGAGACACCUCCGCGGUCCGCGGGGCCACCGCCUGCCCACUCCGCCGGGCUUUAGAAGUUAUUUUGGCAGUGGUGGUCAUUAAAAGAGUUGCCCUGAAGGUUCCACAAGGUAAAUUACUUGCAGGAGAGCAUGCUUCACUCCAGGAAGAAUUUUCUUCUCUGCAGAUGUCACUUCAAGCUAUCGGCUGUACUCUGAACUGUGGUUGUCAAAGCUUCAAACCUGGGAAAAUAAACCACCGUCAGUGUGAGCAAUGCAGACAUGGUUGGGUAGCUCAUGCUCUAAGUAAGCUGAGGAUUCCCCCUAUGUAUCCAACAAGCCAGGUGGAAAUUGUCCAGUCCAAUGUGGUGUUUGACAUUAGCAGCCUCAUGCUCUAUGGAACUCAGGCCAUCCCUGUACGCCUGAAAAUCCUCCUAGAUCGGCUCUUCAGCGUACUGAAGCAAGAUGAGGUACUCCAGAUCCUCCAUGCCUUGGACUGGACUCUGCAGGAUUACAUCCGUGGAUACGUGCUGCAGGAUGCAUCAGGGAAGGUAUUGGAUCAUUGGAACAUCAUGACCAGUGAGGAGGAAGUAGCCACUUUACAGCAGUUCCUUCGUUUUGGAGAGACCAAGUCCAUAGUGGAGCUCAUGGCAAUUCAGGAGAAAGAAGAACAGGCCAUCAUCAUACCCUCUUCCACAGCAAAUGUAGAUAUUAGGGCUUUUAUUGAAAGCUGCAGCCACAGGAGUGCUGGUCUCCCCACCCCUGUGGAUAAAGGAAGCCCUAGCAGUGUGCACCCUUUUGAGAACCUCAUAAACAACAUGACCUUCAUGCUGCCUUUCCAAUUCUUCAACCCUCUGCCUCCUGCACUGAUAGGGUCACUGCCUGAACAGUAUAUGCUAGAGCAGAGUCAGGACCAAAGCCAUGACCCCAAACAGGAAAUCCAUGGGCCAUUCUCUGACAGCAGCUUCUUAACUUCCAACUCCACACCAUUUCAGAUUGAAAAGGAGCAGUGUUUAAACUGUCCAGAUGUUAUUACUCAAAAAGAAGAUGGUGCCCAUUUAAGUGACUCUAGCUCCUAUAGCAUAGUUACUAAGCUUGAAAGGACACAGUUAUCCCCCGAGGCCAAAGUGAAACCUGAAAGGAACAGCCUUAGCACAAAGAAGGGCCGAGUGUUCUGCACUGCAUGUGAGAAGACCUUCUACGACAAAGGUACCCUCAAGAUCCACUACAACGCUGUCCACCUGAAGAUCAAGCAUAAGUGCACUAUCGAAGGAUGUAAUAUGGUGUUCAGCUCUCUGAGGAGCCGGAACCGCCACAGCGCCAACCCCAACCCUCGGCUCCACAUGCCAAUGAACAGAAAUAACCGAGACAAAGAUCUCAGGAACAGCCUAAACCUGGCAAGCUCUGAGAGCUACAAGCGCCCAGGGUUCACAGUGAUGACUCCAGACUGUAGACCUCUCCCUGGCUACCCUGGUUCAGGGGAGGAAUCCCCAGGCCAACCAGCCUUCUCGAGCAUUGGCCAAGAUGGUGUGCUUUUUCCCAACCUAAAGACAGUCCAGCCAGUCCUUCCUUUCUACCGCAGUCCAGCCACUCCCGCUGAACUUGCAAAUACACCUGGGAUACUACCUUCUCUCCCUCUGUUGUCCUCUUCAAUCCCAGAACAGCUGGUUUCCAAUGAAAUGCCAUUUGAUGUUCUUCCCAAGAAGAAAUCCCGCAAGUCCAGCAUGCCUAUUAAAAUCGAGAAGGAAGCGGUGGAGAUUGCUAAUGAAAAGAGGCACAGCCUCAGCUCGGAUGAAGACAUGCCCCUGCAGGUGGUCAGUGAAGAUGAGCCAGAAGCCUGUAGUCCCGUGUCAGACAGAACACCGGAGGAACAGCACUCACUGUUGGGAAGCUUAGGAAAGCCUCUUUCCCAAGGAGAAAGGCCCUGCCACCUGGAAUCGGUGAUUGAGUCCCAUGGAGCCAUCAGCCGAACCUCUGAGCAGACCACACACAGUUCAGAGAGGGAGUCUGAGCAGAAGCUAGCACUGACCCUGGUGCCAAGGGAGGUUGAUGGUGAUGGCCGUGAACACCACUUCACACCUGGAUUGGAGCCCCGAGUUCCUUUUCCUGACUAUGCAGAACUGCAGCAGCGCCUGCUGACUGGAGGACUUUUCGGUGCUUUAUCCAACAGGGAAAUAACCUUUCCUUGUCUUGAAAAUUCCAAAGAACUACAGCACGUGAAUCAGCAUGUAUUAGUGAGGCAGAAGGAAGAAACUCGCUUCCAGUGCGACAUCUGCAACAAGACUUUCAAAAAUGCUUGUGGGGUGAAAAUGCAUCACAAAAAUAUGCAUGCCAAAGAGACGCACAUGUGCACGGUGGAGGGCUGUGGUGCCACUUUCCCGUCCCGAAGGAGCAGAGACAGACAUAGUUCAAACCAUAGUAUCCACCAAAAAGUAUUGAACCAAGAAGAAUUGGACAGCAGUGAAGACCAUUUCCAUGCAGCCUACCUUCUGAAAGAUGUGGCUAAGGAGGCCUAUCAGGAUGUGGCUUUCACACAGCAAGCAUCCCAGACAUCUGUUAUCUUCAAAGGAACCAGUCGAAUGGGCGGUCUGGUUUACCCAAUAGCCCAAGUCCACAGUGCCAGCCUAGAGAACUACAACUCUGGCCCCCCGAGUGACGGUACUGUGCUGGAUUUGAGCACUACCUCAAGCAUGAAGUCAGAGAGCAGCAGCCAUUCUUCCUGGGACUCUGAUGGGUCGAAACAGACACAGCCAGAAUCCCAACCUGCACAAGAGCCUGGCCUCAUCUCCAAGUCACCUCCAGUAACAAAUUGGCAGAACAAAAACUGUGACAAGAGUUUCUCGUAAUUCAGGAAUAAGGUAGUCCAAAGAAAUGCUUCUGACUGUCUAAUACCAUUUGGGGUAAGCCAGGCAAAAAGUAUCUGACUUGUCUAUUUAGUUUUAUAUAGCAGAAUAUGCAAAAGACAAGCUUUGUGGGAAGUUGACUUUGGGGUAUCCCUUCCUAGUACUAUUUUUCUUAACCGAAGAGAUAUUUCACUAACAUAAAGAAAACUUGCAGAAGUGCAGUUUUCUCCAGAUUUGUUUACACAUUCCCUGGAAUGGCUUCCAGUCUGCAGAUUAACAGUGGGGACCCAGGAGCUGGGGGCAGCUUCAAAUGAAGCCUGCAGGAUUAAGGGUAUUUGGUGAAGAAAUAUCCUGGGGGAAAAGAUUGUCACCACAGGAAAGAUCUUGGUCCCCAAAAUUCCAUUUUCAGUUCCUUCUUUUACAGCCUUAAGUUCAGACUUGAGUUGGGGAACAUGACUUUCUAGACCACCUUUCCAUGUGGAGUGGAGAAUGGCGCCCUCCCUCGUUCACAGGUUUCACAUGUUAUACCUGGGAGUUGCCAGAGGAAGCAAGGUUGGCUUCUACCGUGUUCCUUGUUAAUUCUUGAUCUAUGAUAUACAUUUAGAAGCUAAGGGGGAAAUGUGCACUUAAAAGUAGUGGCCUUCAAUUUAAUUUAAACUGAUUCUGAUAAUAUUUAACUUGUGUUCGUGUUACGUAUUUUGUAUGAGUGUGGACAAGUCACAGUGGCACCUCUGGAUCUCUGUUCAGAUGCAGAACAAAUGAUGACUAACGCUGCAAAAGCGCUGCCCAUUUUCAUUUGGUGAAUUUCAGCCUGUUCAUUUUGACCCCCAUGGAAUGAGUGCAAGCAUAAUUCUGGCAGGAGACACCUUUUUUUUUUCCUCCCAGACAUUUAGAGAACAAGGCUCUGAUGGUUGUUAUGUAUUUUCACUAUCACUGGAUCCCUCCAUCUUCACCCUUUUAUAAAUGUGUGAGAUUAGGAUGAACUUUGAAAUUUCCUUGGUAGAAAGAAAAGUAGGACAUUGUUGUCAUACUAUAUGUCUUAAUAUUUAACUUAUUCUGAAAUAUAUUCCACACUGUUAUACAUGUUUGCUAUUGUACAAAGAAGGUUUAAUCAGCCUUAUGGAAUGAGACCGUCUCCUGAAAUUUAGUAUUCACAGCAUCCUAAAAGCCUGCAGAGGCUAAAAAGAAAUUUAUUUUGUAUUGAGUCCAAGUUAACUGUCUUUUAAACUCAUGCUAAUUUAACUAAUAAAAAAUAUCCUUAAAGAAAAUCAAGGGUUAUAAGAAAUACUCAUUUGGCCUAGAGGUAAAAAAAAAAAAAAAAAAAAAAAAAAAAAAAGCAAAAUCUUGUUACUGAUCAUUUCAGCUUCUUUUUUUAAUUUUAAUAAAUGUGACCACUUAAAACUUAUUUCUGCUUAAAGCAAGCUAUAUUUUCCAAUUGUUUUCUUACCCAGAUGUUUAAUAUUCUG